AUGAUGCCGGCCGAACUUGCCCGAGCUCACUCUCAGGGCAGUGUUGUGUCCCAGACAACGCAGAUUGCUCCACACAGCCGGCCAGGUACCGCAGAUCCCAUUCGAGCACGCUCUGAAGCCGUCUCCAGAGCUAGCCGCCGUCCUCGUUCCAGAGGAUCAACUGCAAGCAUCCAUUCGAGUACGACCCAGCAAACCCAAGACCAACAUCUCGACGGAUUUCCUCAAUUUAUGCCCUCGCAGGCUGGCGGUGGUCAACAUCUGUUCAACAAUCCCGAGGACAUGCUCAUGCGAUUCGGACACCAGCUAUCAAAUCACGCGAGUGCCGCUGGACUAGACCAGUCAAUGCAGGACGCCCACGCUAUAAUGACACGUGGGGAGGACUUUCAAAACCAUUCCAUGCAUGGUCAUGCACUCUCCCACCAUUCGAUGCCACCUGAUAUACCGAGCGGCUUGCCAAAUGUUGCCGGCUCGUACCAACAUAUGUAUGACAGUGGUGUCGAGAAUCACUUGCCCGAGCACCUCGUCGAGGAACCGGAGACUUCGGAACCCGGUGGGAAGAAGAAAAGGGGUGCCAGUUCGACUGUAGCCAAUGACAACGAAUUACGAAAACUACUUCGUCAAUACGAAGGAUGGAAUCUCAAGCAAAUGGCCGCUGAGGUUAUGAAGCAUGAAGGUGGUGGUGGAAAGGCGGAAAAAGUGAAGCAGGUGUUCGCCAUGAUAUGGUUGAGAGAAAACUGCCGCAAGAGCAGUGGUUCAGUGCGUCGUGACCGUGUUUACUGCUGCUAUGCAGAGAACUGUGGCACAGAACGCGUUUCGGUGCUGAACCCUGCGUCGUUUGGAAAGUUGGUUCGAAUUAUCUUCCCCAAUGUUCAGACUCGGCGACUUGGAGUCCGCGGCGAGUCCAAGUACCACUAUGUGGAUUUGUCUGUCAUUGAGGAAAAACAACAGAAAAUUGCUCCCAUGCCCCAAGCCGCCCGCGGUUCCAUUGGCCCUGCUUCCAUGCCCUCAAGGCCUGCUAGUGCGAUGCGUUCACGAAGUGCUAGCGUUCAACAACCCACCGCCGAUACUGCCGUGUUCCCAUCUCCUACCACUUCCUUUGCCCCCCGAUUCCCCAACAACCCUAUGCCAGCAGACUGCAAUUGCCAGGGCCACGGCUCAUCUGGACCGGAUGAAACCAUCACACGCGAGAACGUGGCCCAGCAGGCUGGGAAGAUGAUCCACCAGAUGCUUCAAUUCCCGCUAGAUGAGAAUACCGUUGUUGAUAACGAUGCUUUGCAACUGCCUGACAUUCGGACCUAUUUACCUGCCGGCAGUGACUUUAAAGUUGCCGCCGCACUUGCUGCGCUCUAUCGAUCCCACUGCAUUUCGGUCAUUGAUAGUUUCCGAUACUGCAAAGAACGUAACCUUAUGAAAUAUUUCUCGGCUUUCCACGGCACAUUGACUGUUCCCGUCCAAAAAUUGUUGACACAUCCCAAUCUUGCCCCAUGGAUCAAGGAGUGUGAUUGGAUGAUGUAUCAGAAGAUGAUUGCAUUCGUGGCACCUCUGACCACUCAAGUUGUGCCCAAGCCAGUUUUGGAUGCGUUCAUGUCCAUCUCACAACGCCUUUGCGGUCACAUCACCGAAACAUUCCGGACUCAACCUAUACAUGUUUCCCUAGCUCGUUUAAUUCCUGCACACAUUUUCUGCAACCUACUGAAGCAUAUGCUUGAUGUGAACCAGGCCGCCAAUGCCGCAGCUGCUUGGCUCUGCCAUCCCGACAACCGAAACCAGAUGUGGAUUGAUUUCAAGACUCUAGUCAAUCCCCAGGAUAUGAUGACCAAGGCCAAUAUUCCCACGUGUGCCGAGCCAGCGACGGAACAGAUGUUGAAGCACGAUAUCCGCGCUCUCCUUACCCCAUUGACUGACGCCGACCCUUCUACCGCCUUGCCUUUCUACACCCGCGCUGACGACCCCGAGUCAGCUGCGGCCCACCGUUUCCCAGUGGAAAGUGCGCCUGGAGACGAGUAUAACUUCCCCGACAAAUGGGUUCACUUCAUUCUCAACAUCCCUGCUACCUUUGCCAAUCACCGGACACAAUGUGUCAUCGAAAAGGUUGACGCACUUUGGGAUAGUGUUUUGCACCGACUCACCCUGGGCGGAGCUCAAAGCUUUAGUGCAUGGUGGAUGACCAAGGUCUUCUUCCAUGAAAUGAUGGUUUGGCAGGCCGAGAAGGGAGGCUUCAUGCGCAACACUCCUGGAUCAUUGCAAAGUGCCACCUUUGGUCCCGAGUCACUAGGCAACUUUCAACUGAAACAAGAUUGUGCUGUUGAGCCAUCCCCGUUUGAAGUUUCUAAUGUUUCUCAAAAAUCUAAUGCUACUCCUCCUGUGCCCCAGUCCACCCACCAGGCACAACCUGCCAACCAUCAUCCGGACUUCAAGCAUCCUCCCAAUGAAAAGCGUUUGUCUCUACAAGACCAAGGCUUCCAAGGCCACAAUAAUGACGACAGCGCUAUUGAUCUCGAGGAUGAUACCAUGCUGCUGGCAGUCGGAAAAUACGGAGACAUGAUGGUUUCUGACCCUGCGGAUGCCGAGGGCGACGUGGUGGUCAUCUAA